AUGACGGUAGAAAACCGCCACGAAGAUAGCGAAAUCGCUCCUCCUCCCAAGGACCAGCUACAUCCUGUAAAAUGGUACCGCUCCACGUUCUUCAAUAUCACCAUCCUGGGUCUGUGCAACUUGUCCGCCCCAGGAAUCUGGACAGCGAUGAACUCGCUUGGUGCAGGUGGUGCAGCUUCACCCAAGCUGAUCAACGCUGCUAACGCCUUGACCUUUUGCCUGAUGGUUCUGUCGUGUUACUUCUCAAGCGCAAUGGUGAAAUAUGUCGGUAUCAAGGGAGCAUUGAUCUUUGGAACCCUCGGAUAUGCUCCCUACGCAGCAGGCCUUUACACCAACAACCGCUUCGGAACAGAAUGGCUCGUCCUUCUCGGCGCUGCCCUCUGCGGUAUCUCAGCCGGAGUCUUCUGGAUGGCCGAAGCUGCCAUCGCCAUUGCAUACCCAGAGCCGUGGAACCGUGGUAAAGCCCUCGGCUACUGGCUGACCUACCGUCUCUCGGGUCAGAUCCUCGGUGGUGCUAUCAACCUUGGUCUCAACGCCGACCGCAACGAGGCCGGAAAGGUUUCCUACUCUGUUUUCCUUGUUUUCAUCGCGCUCCAAGCUGUUGGUCCUUUUGUUGCUCUGCUGCUUAGCAAGCCUGAUCAGGUCCAGAGGAAGGAUGGUGUCAAGGUUAAGCUGUCGAUUGAUCAGCUUCCUGGAUUCGAGCUUAAGGAGACGGCGAGACUUUUCUUCACAAAGAAGUUUCUCUUGAUCGUCUUGUUUAUCGGACAGGCUGUGUUUGCCGAAUCUGUGUUUUUCACUUAUCUUGCGUUGUGGUUCUCUGUACGAUCUCGCGCCCUGGGAUCUUUCCUGGGUGGUAUCGUUGCUGUGAUUGGUGGUAACGUCCUCGGAUCCUGGCUCGAUCGCACCAAAGUAUCUCUCAGAAUCAGGACUCGAUCUUCCUUUGCUGUCAUCGCAACGCUCCAGGGCGGCUGGUGGAUCUGGGCUACGAUCUUGGUUUCCAAGUUCCGUGAAACCAGGCCGACUUAUGACUGGGUCAGUGAAGGCUUCGGAGCCUCGUUCGCUGUCUUUUUGUUCCUCACUUUGGGAUUCCAGCUGAACUACCUCUUCCUCUACUUCAUCAUUCACCAUCUAGCAGGUACCCAAGACGAGAUCAUCCGAUACUCUGCUCUUCUGCGAGGCACAGAGUCCGCCUGGCAGGCUGUCAGCUACGGCAUCACCUCUCUGCCUGUGUUCGCCGAAGUUGGAGGUGUCUACUUCAACUUUGCUCUUUGGGCUGUUUCUUUGUACCCUGCUUGGCUGGUGCUCAGGGAGUUUGGUUCCCAUGCUUCUCCCUCGUUGGAAAGCCCAGUUCAGGAAGUUGAUAGCCAGAAGGACUUUUCUGCUUCUGGUGAGGAGACGGAUAUCAAGAAGUUGUAG